CUAAUCUUCGAUACUGAGAUCUUCAUAUCUUUCUCCCUUUCAUUGAAACCCUUUCUCUCUGCAAAUUAUUUCUAAUGGAAAAGAAGCAAGAAGAGUUCAUUUAUCGAUCAAGGCUUCCUGAUAUUUAUAUCCCAAACCAUCUCCCUCUCCAUUCUUAUAAUUUCCAAAACUUAUCCCAAUACAGCUCUCGCCCUUGUUUGAUCAAUGGACCAACCGGCAAAGUUUACACUUACGCCGACGUCGAACUUAUCUCCAGGAAAGUCGCCGCCGGACUACACAAGCUCGGUAUUCAACAAGGUCAGGUGAUCAUGAAUUUGUUACCGAACUCGCCGGAGUUCGUGUUCACAUUCCUCGGCUCAUCAUAUCGUGGCGCUAUCACAACCACAGCAAAUCCCUUUUACACACCAGCGGAGAUAGCUAAGCAAGCAAAACUUGCUAAUGUUAGACUAAUUGUCACACAAGCUAGUUACGUUGAGAAGGUAAGGGACUUUGCCCAAGAGAAUGAUAUUAAGAUAGUUUGCAUUGACUCAGCUCCAGAAGGUUGUUUACAUUACUCCGAGUUGACUCAAUCCGAUGAGACCGAGUUACCGAGUGUUGAGAUUGAACCGGACGACAUCAUCGCUCUACCAUUCUCAUCAGGAACAACUGGGUUACCGAAAGGUGUUAUGCUUACUCAUAAGAGCUUAGUUACCAGUGUGGCUCAACAGGUUGAUGGUGAUAACCCUAAUUUGUAUUACCACAGUGAAGAUGUUUUGCUCUGUGUGUUGCCUUUGUUCCAUAUCUAUGCACUCAACUCGAUAUUGCUUUGUGGGUUACGAUCCGGGGCAGCGAUUCUGAUUAUGCCCAAAUUUGAAAUUUGUGCACUCAUGGAACUGGUGCAAAAAUUUAAGGUCACCGUUGCUCUGUUGGUUCCGCCGAUCGUCUUGGCAAUCACCAAAUGCACUAUUGUCGACAAUUACGAUCUUUCGUCGAUCCGAAUAGUGAAAUCUGGUGCUGCACCUAUGGGGAAGGAACUUGAAGAUGCAUGUAGAGCUAAGUUUCCCAAUGCCAAGCUUGGUCAGGGAUAUGGGAUGACUGAGGCCGGACCAGUUCUAUCAAUGUGUCUUAUAUUCGCGAAGGAAUCAUUUGAUAUAAAACCCGGAGCAUGUGGAACCGUUGUUAGGAAUGCUGAGUUGAAGAUCGUCGACCCAGAGAAUGGAGUUUCGCUUCCUCGUAAUCAGCCUGGAGAGAUUUGCAUUAGAGGGGCCCAAAUCAUGAAAGGGUACCUCAAUGAUCUAGAGGCCACAGAGAGAACCAUUGACAAAGAGGGUUGGCUACAUACAGGAGAUGUUGGCUAUGUUGAUGACGAUGAUGAGCUAUUCAUUGUGGACAGAUUGAAGGAAAUAAUCAAGUACAAAGGGUUCCAGGUAGCCCCUGCUGAGCUUGAAGCGAUGCUCAUCGCUCAUCCAAAGAUCUCUGAUGCUGCUGUAGUCUCCAUGAAAGAUGAAGCUGCCGGUGAGGUCCCAGUUGCAUUCGUCGUAAAAUCAUCGAACGGUGGCUAUGAUGUCACAGAGGAUGAAAUCAAACAAUACAUCUCAAAACAGGUGGUGUUUUAUAAAAGAAUCAACCGAGUCUUCUUCAUCGAAGCCAUUCCAAAGUCACCAUCUGGCAAGAUCCUACGGAAGGAUUUAAGAGCAAAGUUGACAGCCGGUGUUCCUAACUAGUUAUAUUGAAAGCAACUCUAUCA